ACAGGCCUGUGGAAUUCGUUCAGCCUCUCUGGUGUAUGAAAUACAAAUAAGUUUUCCUGUUCCCAACCGAAACCAUAGAAAUCAAUUUCGAAAUUUGCUAAUCUGAAGAUGGAGCAAGUGCUAUCGCGUCGUCGUAAAAGCAAGAACAAGUCAUCCAAUCGGAAACUGUGCAAAUUAUUUCCCGACUUGAAAUGCAAAAGCCUGGCUGGCGUGGGCCGUAAACUCAAGGAUCAAAUGUGCCUUAUGAUUCCGUCCUCUGGUUUCUUCAAGGACUCGAUGCGAUUUAUGAAGCGCUGCACCAAGCCAAAUCGUCAAGAAUUUAGACGGACUUCCAUUGCAAUCGCCAUUGGAUUCUUCAUCAUGGGAACCAUUGGAUUUUUGGUUAAACUGAUGCAUAUACCUAUAACCAAUAUUAUAAUGGGUUAAACGUUGAAACAAUUAGAGUUAAUAAAGCUGCAAUUUAAGCCUUUUUUCUCAGGGA